AUGCCCUCCACACCCACUCACAAGCACCUCUCUCGCGACGAACGCCUCAAAAUCCUCACCUUACGCGAGACCGGCCAAACCUAUGAUCGAAUCGCUAUCAAAAUGGGCUGCACAUCCCACCAAGUCCACUAUGUAUGCAAAUUGAAUCAAGCCACCCCACGAAAAGGCCGUGGUCGCCGUUCAAAGCUCUCGGAAGAUCGGAUAGACGGUGUGAUUGAAUGGAUGCACGCUUCGUCGGAUAACCGCUCCAAGUCUGCGCACCAGAUUGUGACGGACCUCGAGUUACCUGUGUGUGCAGAGACGCUGCGAAAGACACUCAAGGCGCGUGGGAUAAGUACAUAUGGAGAUGCGCGAACACAGUCUCGUGAUUUCAAGUUUGGAGGCAGGCUUCUUACCAUUUCUUGA